AUGCAGGGGCCGUCGGCCUCUGGCCCCUUCUCGCCAUCCGACUGCCUUCUCUUUCUACACGCCUCGCGCAUCCCACUCGUGCCGUUUUCUGAAACCCCUGCAGACCCUUCGGCGGCAGGAAGGCCGUGCGUUGCGGCGAGUCGCUCCUUCCACUCGGCGUUUCCUAGUUUCUGGCGCGUGUGUGCUCGUGGGCAUGACUCUCCACCUCUCCAUGCGCUGCGACUCUUCCGAGUCCUCAGCUUUCUUUUAGCAGUAUCGUUUUCCGUUCUUGCAUCUGUGCCCGUCACUUCCGUGGACGCCCUAGCCACGCCCCGCAGUUCAGCGCCGAGCCAUGCGGAGGUUCUUUUCCCAGUGCUCUCAUCUCCUCAGAGGGCCGUCUCCUCGUAUGCGCCUCUGCCCGCGGGCCGACGGCGGGGCCACGGCCUUCAGACGCGCGCCUUGACGCCCCCCCUGGGGUUUCCGGCCUCUGAAUUCUCUUCGCAUCUGCGUCACUCGCCCUCGCUCACUUUUGUGUGCGCCCACAGCCUGCGUGGCUCUGCGUCUCCUAGAAGCGCCCCAGUGGCGCGGCAGGGGACUCUUUCGGGCUACGCCUGCACCCGGCCGUCCGCGGAUGUGGCGACUGCGCAGGGCUCGCUCGGGCCGAGGCGCCCUGUUUCUACCUGUCUGCAUGCUCACUUCGAGGGAUCUGUCUCUCCUGCGCUGUCUGCUCAGCCUUCGCCGACAAUGUCAAACGGCGACGCAAAGGGGGCCUCCGCAGCCGACGAGACGCGGAGCGGACACCCCCUCUCCGCGCCCAAGUCAUCGCACGGGGUCUUGAUGUUUCCAAAAAUGAAGAAGGAGAAGCACGCGGCCGGCGCAGGAGGACGCGGCGAGGACUCGGGCCCGGAGACAGCUGCGGACGCGGGUCCGGCUGGUCUCCUGCGGGAGGGCGAAGACGCCUGCAAGUCCCCCAGGUCCUGGAAGACGAAGCUCCACGAGCAUGGCGCAGGGCUCCUGAGCUGCAGCAAGGCGCCUUGCACGCAGGUCAGAAACGCAAAGACGCCUGCAUCCGGGGGCGUCCCCACGUCGCUUGAGGCGGCGGAGGCCGCUGCGUCGGGCGCGGGGGCCGCGGGGGCCCGCCAAGACACAGGGUCGCGAUCGGGGCGAGGGUCCCUGCCUGGCACGUUCCGCACGUGGGCGCAGCAGCUGAAGCCCGGCACGGGGACCUCACGGCCGGCAGACCCGUGGACAUACAAACGCCAGGGCGCAGACUGGACGCCCUUCCUCGAUCCCUGCUGCAGCCUGACGAGGCAGUCGCCGAUCGACAUCAAUCCAGCGAUGCUGCCCCGGAAUCCAGAGGGGACAGAGCCGGCGUCCAGCCCGGCGAAGGACGAAGACGCCGGCUGCGAAGCCGUGCGCGCGAGCUGCGUAGGUGUGAACCGUAUGCGUCUCGCCGAAGGCAACGAGAUGCAGCUGGAGGCGAUGCUACCGCAGGAGCCCAUUCGCAACUACGGGGUUGAGUGGCAACGGGGAAAAACGCUUCACUUCCGGCCGCCCCACGCGUCUACGCCGUCUGCCUUUGGAGCCUUCCGCGUCGAUGGCAAGCAGUACGAGAUCCUCCAGUUCCACUUUCACUUGCCUGCGGAGCACACAUUCGCUGGCGAGAGGCGGGCGCUGGAGCUUCACAUCGUGUCCCAGCACGCCGAGCAGGACUUGCUAGUCGUCGGGGUCACGUUUGAGUCUGCGCACGCCGCGGACCGGGAGGGAAGUGCCUUCGUCGAAUCCGUCUGCAAUGUUCUCGAUGUCCUCAAGUCGACAGACGUGUGGGCAGCAACUGGCGACGGUGCUGGGGAGCUGCAGAGCCACGGCAGGGACAACGCCAGCCCCGAUGGGGUCUGUGAACUCCGCUCCAACGCUCAGAUGCUCGAGCGUUCCUACUCGCUUUCCUCUGAGCAUGCGCCCCUGCCUCCAAUCCGUCUGGGCGACGCCCUUCCGGCCGGCAGGGUCACAUUCUACAGAUACAAUGGGUCGCUCACAACGCCUCCGUGCAGCGAAACCGUUCUCUGGUAUGUGGCUAAGGAACCGUCGUCCGCUGGGCCACAGCAUAUUGAGAAGCUGCACGAGCUGUUUAUACUUCCUGGAAGCAUGAGCAAAGGCACGUAUCGACGUGUGCAAAAUGCCGAAGGCGUCGCAUGCAAUCAGGAGACGAUUUACGUUGUGAAUCAAGGUUUGAAAAAGUUCCGUGGCUCCGCCGAGUCGACGGGAAAUCCACAGAAUGGUGCCGCCCUCCCGUCGCGACUGCGCGACUGUAGCCCAGAAAGCCGGAAAAUGUAG